AUGUACGCGAGUCGUAACUUUAAGAAAAGAGCUAUUCGUAAUUUUGUGAAAAUUAAUUUUCAAUCUAACUUCGCAGCAGAUUUAAAAGAUGAUUCGUUUUGGAAAAAGUACAGCACAGAUUUGUGUAAUAAUUUGUCAUUUCAUGGGCUCAGUCAUUUUGUGGAUAGUGAACGAUCAGUGGCAGAAAAAUUUUUCUGGGGAUGCUUAUUUGUGGGAGCUGUGAUUGGUGCAGUAACAUCGAUACGAUUAAUAUGGCUGAAUUUUAUUCAAAGCGUUACAGAAACUGUAGUAGAAACUACAUAUUACAAGUAUUCGCAUGUGGCUUUUCCAGCUGUGAUUAUUUGUGAAUCAUCCAGAGUUGAUUGGAGUAGAGCUUUGCAGUUGAAUGAAACUAAUGUUCCAGAAAUGGAUAAUGAAACGAAACCAGCGAUUUUGGAUCUGCUACAAGCUCUGGCUGGAAUAGAAUUUGGAGAAUUUGAUCGAUUUGAGGUUCUUCGAGAGCAUAAGCAUCUGUUACCAAAGCUUCAAACUAUCAAAAUAUCAGAUCUACUAUUAAAAUUUAAUAAACCUUCCUUAUUCCUGCUACUUUUGGAACCCAUCCAGGUGAAGAAAUCCUGCGAAGAAUUAUUCAUUGGAAAAUGCUGGUGGAGAAGCCAUUAUAUAGAUUGUUGCACAGUGUUCGAGUUAUCAAAAUCAGAAUUUGGCUACUGUUACGCAUUCAACUCUGAUCUAUCAGAGUAUAGUAAGAAACUCUCACUAGCCGAAGAGGGCAUCGAAAGUUACUGGAGAGAUCCAGAUGGUGUCUUGAGACCACGAAGAACAGGAUCCAGAGGUCAAUGGUCAGGAUUACGAGUGACUGUCCACACUCCACCUGCAGGUCUGCUCACACCACGAAAUGAUAUCAAGGCAGGGCUUAAAGUAUUUGUGGGUGAACCAAGAUCCUUUGUGAUGGGAGGUGAAAUCACAGUAGCAGCAGGCCAAUAUGGCAAUGUACAUAUUUGGGGUGAUCGAUUAUAUUCAACUGAUCGACUCCGACUAAUGGAUUCUAGAAAAAGACAAUGCUUAUACAGUAAUGAAGAUACAGCCUUAGGCCUUGAAUACUACUUGAGGCAGAACUGUAAAAUGGAUUGCUACAAGUAUCACACUUAUAAAUAUUAUAAUAAUCCUGCUUACCCUCCAUGCACUGUAGAAGAUCUACUAUGCCUGAGUGAUCAUAAUAGUAUCUUCAACAACAUGCUACCACCUUUUGCACAAGCUUUCUUUGAACCAAAUGAGACUGGAAUGAUGUGUGAUUGUAAGGCAGACUGCACUCAUCAAAUGUACAUUGCUGAAAUAACCAUAGCAGAAGAAUCAAAUUCGUCUCAUGAGGUGAUGCUGGACAUACAUUUCCGUCAGUCCACCUGCAUUUUAUACAGAACUGAUGUCACAUUCAGUUUGCUUGAUUUGUUGGUUGCUUUUGGAGGAUGCACAGGACUAUUCUUAGGUGGAUCAUUGCUAAGCUGCGUCGAACUUCUGUAUUUCCUCACAUUAAGACUGUACUUCCAAUGGAAAAGUUGGAAAACCAGUACUUCUACUGUUGGCAGCGCCACAACCUUACAAUCAUCAUCAACAACAACAACACCAGACAAAGGAGUAAUAAAACAAUAAUGUAUUUUUGUAUAUUUGUUACAACAUAGUAGAUACUUAUACAAAUUAAAAAUUUUUGUAUCUAAAAAUAAAUACAGUUCGUUGGAAGAGUAAGAAAUAAAUAAUAAAAACAUUUGCAGUACUUUUUUCUUCAUAAUUGUGUUUUUCAUUAAAUUGUUUUCAAGAAGAAAAAAUAGAAAAAUAGGUUCCUUAAAAAAUAAAUAACGGGAAAUACAACAUAACAAUAGAGCUAUCAUCCACAAUACAUUACAAUAUGGAUAGUGCACUCUUUCUAUAGGUAAGUAUCUGAUUGUCUGCCUUUGGGAAGUACAUAAUAAACAAUUAACAUACCUAUUUCAAAUUGAUAACAAGUAAUACACAUUACACACAUAGACAAUGUUAAUCAUGAUAGUCAUCAUCUCAUCACUUGACUCUGACAUUCCUUAAAUUAUCUCUAUUGAAAUUUUUAAUCGAGGAUAGUAACACGUCUCUUGGAUUCUCUGAACAUGGUUUUUGAUAACUCAUCCUAUUUUGGCUGACUGGUUUAAGGGAAGGCAUUACAGGAGGUGGGGGAGGUAUACCUACAGAUUUUGUGGUGAUAACUUCUGCAGGCUGGGGUGAUUGUUCUUUGCGGAAAAUUCUGAAGAAAGAUUUCUUCUCAGGGGAUUGUUUAGGAGUAGAGGGUUUUUCAGCAGGAGUUGAUUUAUUGUCAUUACCAUUUAGUUUCUCUGUCUCUAGUAAUUUAUUUUUAUAGUUACGGAAGGUGUAUUGUUCACUGGAUCUUGUUGCUGAUGAUUCAGGGGGAUUGGUUGCUGGUGCAGUCGUGAAGACUGGAUAGCUAUGGCGUUUAAUUGUCGUAUCUUCGGUUAUUUCGGUAACAGAUUUGUACUUAUUGUUGUAUGGUGCUGAGCAAUUGAACAUGAUUUUGGUCUUGGAGACAUUAUUCGUGUAACUGCUGGUGGUGGUUUCAGUGGUGGUGGUUUUUUUGGUGGUGGUAGUGGUAUUAUCAUCAUAAUUGCUGUGACCGUUGACAAUACCAUUGACUUUGGUGGAAAUAGGCUCAGUACCAUUGACUUGAGUUGGUUUAGUGUUGUUGACCAUCAUGCUUUGGGAUCGACUAACUCCAUUGGUCAAAUGGUCACCAAACAUGUAACAAGAGGCUGGUCUGGGUUUUUCUUUAUUGACGUUUUUGACUGGAUCAUUGACCUGGUAGGUUUUCUCCAAUUGCUGGACGAAUGGCUUUUUGAACUCGACAGCUCGAACAAUAGGUACGCGAGAUGGGUCUGUGUUGUUAUCUGAUCCGGCAGACUUUGAUGUUGAAUCUUGAUCGCAUUUUGAUUGGUCGGCAACACCAGUCUCAGAGCCGUUCUGGUUUGAGGAGAACAUCUCAGCGUGCCGG